AGAGUUCAUAGUCCAGAAGGUAUCAGAUAAUAUGCCGAGUAAUGGUGUAUUAAAGGAAGCAAAGGUUCCUUUGAUUGAAGAAUUAGCAUCGGCAGAACGUUUGGAAGCUGAUAAAGAUGAUCAAAGUCAAUCUCUUACGAGAAGAGUAUGGAUUGAAUCAAAGAAGCUAUGGCAUAUAGUUGGGCCUGCAAUCUUCAGCCGCCUUGCCUCUUACUCUAUGCUGGUUAUCACUCAAGCCUUUGCAGGCCACCUUGGGGAUCUCGAGCUCGCUGCCAUUUCCAUCGCAAACAAUGUCAUCGUCGGUUUCGACUUCGGCCUCUUGUUGGGGAUGGCGAGUGCUCUUGAAACGCUAUGUGGCCAAGCUUUUGGGGCGAAGAAGUUUUACAUGUUGGGAGUAUAUAUGCAACGUUCAUGGAUUGUUCUUUUCCUGUGCUGUAUAUUGCUUUUGCCUUUGUAUCUCUUUGCUUCGCCGGCGUUGAAGCUGUUGGGGCAACCCAAAGACGUGGCGGAGCUAUCGGGGAUCGUUUCCAUGUGGAUGAUACCACUUCAUUUUAGCUUUGCGUUUCAGUUCCCACUGCAAAGGUUCUUGCAGAGUCAGCUGAAAAACAUGGUGAUUGCUUGGGUUUCACUGGUGGCUCUCUUGGUCCAUGUGUUUGUGAGUUGGCUGUUUGUGUAUAGGCUUCAGCUUGGGGUGGUUGGAACCGCCAUUACCUUGAAUUUUUCGUGGUGGGUUUUGGUUGUUGGACUGUUUGCCUACACCGUCUGCGGUGGCUGCCCUCUUACUUGGACUGGUUUCAGCAUGGAAGCGUUUUCCGGCCUUUGGGAAUUCAUCAAACUCUCGGCGGCUUCCGGUGUUAUGCUUUGUUUGGAGAAUUGGUACUAUAGAAUAUUAAUUUUGAUGACCGGGAAUCUCCAAAACGCCAGGAUCGCCGUCGAUGCUUUGUCCAUAUGCAUGUCAAUCAACGGAUGGGAAAUGAUGAUACCUUUCGCUUUCUUUGCUGGAACCGGAGUGAGGGUGGCUAAUGAGCUGGGUGCUGGGAAUGGGAAAGGAGCCAAGUUUGCAACAGCAGUUUCAGUGGUGACAUCAGUUAUAAUCGGAAUCUUCAUCUGGUUGUUAAUCAUGAUAUUUCAUGAUUACAUUGCUCUUAUUUUCUCCACAAGCCAACCUGUUUUAGAAGCAGUCAGCAGGCUCUCACUGCUCUUAGCCUUCACCAUUUUGCUCAACAGUGUUCAACCCAUCCUAUCUGGAGUGGCAGUGGGAUCUGGAUGGCAAUCGUAUGUGGCUUACAUAAAUCUGGGUUGCUACUAUCUCAUAGGGGUUCCACUUGGAUUCUUGAUGGGAUGGGGCUUCAAACUAGGUGUCAUGGGAAUUUGGGCUGGAAUGAUCUUCGGAGGGACAGCAGUUCAGACAGCGAUACUUGCUGUUAUUACCAUGCGGUGUGAUUGGGACAAGGAGGCUGAGAGAGCAAGCAUGCACGUGAAGAAAUGGUCAGAGACGAUGUAAUCAUUUCAACACAGGGAUGUUAUACUUUUAUAGUGAUCCGAAUGGCCUUUUUAUUCAUCAUAUAAUUUAAGAGGGCCUGCUAAAUUUCGUUUGGCCAUUAAAGUA